AUGACUAGCCUCCCGGUCACACCUCCAGCUCCUCACGGUGCCCAUCCGCUGGCUGCCAUGACCGGCCUCCCCACCACGCCUUCUCCAGCAGGACUGAUCACCACAGUUCGGCAGGUCACCACGGCCCUGUCCCCUGAAGCUGAAGCCAGCACAGCACUCAUCGCAGUUGUGAUCACCGUGGUCUUCCUCACCCUGCUCUCGGUCGUGAUCCUGAUCUUCUUUUACCUGUACAAGAACAAAGGCAGCUACGUCACCUACGAGCCGGCCGAAGGGGAGCCCAGCACCAUCCUUCAGAUGGAGAGUGACGCGGCCAAGGGCAGGGAGAAGGAGGAAUACUUCAUCUAA